CCCCCUCCCCUCGCGCCGCGGGCCUCCCCGCGCGGUGUACGUCCGCGUCCCGCGCCUCCGCCCCCUCGCUGGCUCGCUCCUUCCCGCCCUCCCCGCAGCGCCGGCCGAGCCGGCUUCCCCUCAGUCUCUCAUGAAUAUUGAGCGGCCCCUGUUGUAUUUCCCGAGCUCCAUUGCGGAAGCCGAGGCUCGCCAUAUUGUGCGGCGGCGCCGGCGGCCGCGGCGGCUUGUACCUGUGUCUCGGUCUGGCCGCGGCCAGCUGAGUCCCGGGCUGGGGCAGGAGCCGCAAUGUCUCAGGCUGUGCAGACAAACGGAACUCAACCAUUAAGCAAAACAUGGGAACUCAGUUUAUAUGAAUUACAACGAACACCUCAGGAGGCAAUAACGGAUGGCUUGGAAAUUGUGGUUUCACCUCGAAGUCUACACAGUGAAUUAAUGUGUCCAAUUUGUUUGGAUAUGUUGAAGAACACCAUGACGACAAAGGAGUGUUUACAUCGUUUUUGUGCAGACUGCAUUAUCACAGCCCUCAGAAGUGGCAAUAAAGAAUGUCCUACCUGUCGGAAAAAGCUAGUUUCUAAAAGAUCACUAAGGCCAGACCCAAACUUUGAUGCGCUUAUCAGCAAAAUUUAUCCAAGUCGUGAUGAGUAUGAAGCUCAUCAAGAGAGAGUAUUAGCCAGGAUCAACAAGCACAAUAAUCAGCAAGCACUCAGUCACAGCAUCGAGGAAGGACUGAAGAUACAGGCCAUGAACAGAUUACAGCGAGGCAAGAAACAACAAAUCGAAAAUGGCAGUGGAGCAGAAGACAAUGGUGACAGUUCUCACUGUAGUAAUGCUUCCACACACAGUAAUCAGGAAGCAGGACCUAGUAACAAACGAACCAAAACAUCUGACGAUUCCGGGCUUGAGCUUGAUAAUAACAAUGCAACAGUGGCAAUUGAUCCAGUAAUGGAUGGUGCUAGUGAAAUUGAAUUAGUAUUCAGGCCUCAUCCCACACUAAUGGAAAAAGAUGAUAGUGCACAGACAAGAUACAUAAAGACUUCAGGUAAUGCCACUGUUGAUCACUUAUCCAAGUAUCUGGCUGUGAGGUUAGCUUUGGAGGAACUUCGAAGCAAAGGAGAAUCAAACCAGAUGAACCUUGAUACAGCCAGUGAGAAGCAGUAUACCAUUUACAUAGCAACAGCCAGUGGGCAGUUCACUGUAUUAAAUGGCUCUUUUUCUCUGGAAUUGGUCAGUGAGAAAUACUGGAAAGUGAACAAACCCAUGGAACUUUAUUAUGCACCCACAAAGGAGCACAAAUGAGCUUUUACUAAAACCAAGUCUGAGAAUGAACUUUUUUUAUAGCCUAUUUCUUUAAUAUUAAAGAUGUAACGUCUUUACUUUUACGGACAGAAUCUUGGAUAUGUUGUUCAGUUUUCUUUCUGAGCCAGACUCGUUUACACUAUUAGAAUCUUUUCCCCUUAAUUUAAAAUUUCCUUUUUGGAAGGGACUGCAGUUAUUCAGGACUUUUUCUUUCCUUUUAAAAAUAUAUCUAAGUUGUAUGUUUUCAUGAAGUAUGGUUCCAUUUGGAGCACCCUUUUGACCCAGGAAUUUUUCACAGUUCCAUAUUCUUAAGUGAAGAUUCAGUUGGCUGUCCUUUUCCCUCCCCUCAAAAGUUUUUUAGGCCUACAGAAUGUUAAAUAAUAUGUAUUUUGACUUUUUUUCCUGGAGUCUUGUAUAUUUAUAGUUUUCUAUAUAAGCUGUAGUAUCUUCAUGAAGACCAAGGCUCAAACUUACUGUGCUUAAAAAACAAUUCUCAUAGGAUUAUUAUUUUCAUGGUAUUUUCUUCCAUAAUAUCUCAUUUUUUAAAAAAGGUUCUUUAUGAACUUAGUGUCCAUUGUCAUGCAAUGUUAUUUUUUUCCAUUUUUUCCCUCUAAUUUUGGAAUUUCUGAUCCUGGGAAAGAGAAACAAAAUGUCAAGUUCUAUGAGAACUUGGUUCAUUUACAGAUUUCACUGAAGAAAGAAAAAUUAAAUUGGUCUUAUGUAGUCUUCAAGUGUAUAUUUAAAGAGGUCUUUUUGUAUUAGCUUUACUGUCACUUCAGUUCCUUUAUUAUGAGUGUUUGAUGUUUUUUCCUAUUAAAAUACCAGAGAUAUGGAGAUAUUUUGCACUUUAGCCUUGAUGAAAAGUACAAGAUAUGUUCAAAGCUUCCCUAAUUCUUUUCUUCUUGGUAGCCACGUAAGUUUCAAGAAUAUAACAUGGCACAUAGAACUAACUAACAACUGGAAAACAAAGUUUACUUCAGUUUGAAAAGUGUGUUCAGCGUUUUGGGUGGCCCUAUCACUUUGUAAAUUUGGUGCUCUGCUAAUCACACUCUAGAGAGGCAAGGUAGUGGAGCUUGAGCCCUGCCUUAGUGAAAGAUUAUUUUGUAGAAGAAUGUCAGCAAGUAGGGUAAAGUCAUUUUGUUCUUCUUAAUUUAGUUUUAUAUUUAGAGACAGUGUUGGGCUGUUAGAGCCAGAAGGCUUUAUGACGACAGAUCAGAAAUAAGAUUGACUUGUGUGUUGCUUUUCAUCACUGUCCUGAUUCCAGGUAUGUUUCCAGGCUUAUAAAUAUCACAGUAUUUACAAAGACUUGAUUGCAUUGAGAAAUUAACCUCAAAGGGUUUUUUGGUUUUUUUGCCCACCAGGGUUGAGUAGUCCUCCAGUUCCAUUGUAACUAAAUAACCUGUCUAGACAUUGUAAAUAUUUAUCUGUCAUUUUUGACAGAUUGCGGCCAGCUUGAUGUUUUAAAUCUUCAGUCCAAUAUGAAAACUUAAAGGCUCAUUAAAUUUUUUACUGUCUUACUGAAAAUAUUUCAAAUCUGUUUUUAUAGUUUUAUUGUGCCAUGAAAUUUGAAGACCACCAAAAAUCAAGGGAAAUUUUGUAUUCAAUUCCUUUUCUGGUGUAAUGUUAAGUUGUAUAGAUUAUUAAUGCAUGUCCACUGCAUAUAACCCUGGUUUUGUGAUAUAACUGCUUAGAUUUUAUUCGUGAUAUUAGAUUAGUGGUUGCAUUAAAUAACUAAAUUCCCAUUGUGAUUAAUUGAAAUUUUGUCUUGAAGCAGAAAAUUAUUUGUGAAUAUAAGCUUUGUGCUUAGAGAAUGUGUUUCUAUCUGUUGGUAUGGGAGGAUGUAAACUGCGUCAUUAGUGAAUUCAUUAGAUGUGUAAUUCUUUGCAAAAUAUAAUAGGUAUUUGGUAGAGCGUAGAGUGUAGUUUGUGUGUGUGUGGUGGGUGGGUACUGGGGGGGGUGUGUGUGUGUGUGUGUGUGUGUGUGCGUGUGUGUGGUGGGUGGGUACUCUUUAUCAUCACCACCAACCAAGGUUUUGUAAUUCUUUAUCUAAGUAACUUGUAUACCCACUCUUUCAAUUGAAGAACAAAAGGCUCACCAAAUGAGGUAAGGGCCUUUAAGAUACAUUAUCAUUUUAAAAUUUAUUAUAGUAAAAUAUACAUAACCAAAUUUACCAUUUGAACCAUUUUUAUGUGUAUAAAUCAGUUGCAUUAAGUACAUUCAUGGUGUUGUGUACAUCACUGCUAUCUAGUUUCACAACUUUAAGCUCAUCAUCCCAAACAAACUCUGGAUUCAUUAAACAGUAACUCCCCAUUCCUUUCCCCAUCCUCAUCCCUCAAGCCCUUGGUAAACUUUAUUGUUUCUCUCUUUGAAGUUGACUAUCUUAGGCACCUUUUAUAAAUGGAAUCAUAUAAUAUUUGUCCUUUGUGUCUGUCUUACUUCAUUGAGCAUGUUUUUAAGGUUCAUCCAUGUUGUAUAUUUAUGUUACAUUUUGUUUAUCCAUUUAUCUUUGGAUGGACACAGAUUGAUGGACACUUUUUGCUGUUCGAAUAAUGCUACUUUGUUCAUUUUUGUACAAGUAUCUGUUUGAGUCCCUGUUUUAAAUUCUUUGAGUAUAUACCUAGAAGCACAGUUGCUGGAAUAUACAGUAAUUCUAUGUUUAAUUUUUUGAGGAACCCCAAACCAUUUUCCCCAGGCCCUGCACUGUUUUAUAUUCUCACCAGCAGUGUACUAGGAUUGCAGUUUCUCCACAUUCUCACCAACACUUGGUAUUUGUUUGUUUUUUAAUAGUUACCCUAAUGAGGGUAAAGUGUUAUUUCAUUGUGGUUUUGAUUUACAUUUCCCUAAAAGCUUGUGAUACUAAUCUUUCAUAUGCUUAUUGGCUGUUUGUAUAUCUUCUGUAGGAAAAUGUUCAGAUCUUGCUCAUUUUUAAUUGGGUGGUGAUUUGUUGAAUUGUAGGAGUUUUUUAAUCUAUUAUCAGAUGUAGAAAUACUUUGUCCCAUUCUGUGGGUUGCUUAUUUACUCUCUUGGUAGUGUCCUUUGGUGCACAAAAUUUCUAAUUUUGAAGAAGUCUAGUUUGCCUGUUUGUGUUGUUUUCAUUGUUGCCUAUGCUUUUUGUGUCCUAUCUAUUCAAGAAAGCAUUAUCAAAUCCAGUGUUAGGAACGUCUUAUAUAUGUUUUCUUCUAAGAGUUUUAUUUAUAGAUUUAGCUAUUAUAUGUAGGUAUUUGAUCCAUUUUGAGUUUUGUGCAUGGUAAAAGGAAAGGAUUCAGCUUUGUUGUUUGCUUUUGGAUAUCCAGUUUUCCCAGCACUGUUUGUUGAAAAGACUGCUGUUUUUCCAUUACAUUGUCUUGGCAGUCUUACUUGAGAUUAAUUGACUAUGUUUGUGAGGGUUUAUUUCUAGGCUCUGUAUUCCACCUGGUCUAUAUAUAUGAUUGUCCUUUUGCCAGUACCACACUGUUUUGAUUACUGUAGCUUUGUUGUAAGUUUUACAUUAUAAUUUAAAAUUCUUUGAA